AUGGGAGCCGGGGGAGGCCGGAGUCCCCGAGGGCUGGGGACGGGAGGCUGUGGCCCCGCCCGAGCAGCCGCACUAACUUUGGCCUUGGAGCCCGCGAGCCCCGCUCUCCCUCCCACGCUGAGCGGCCGCGGGACCCCUGAGCGAGCUAGUAAAAGGCUGCCUCAGUUUCCCUCACGUGUAAAGCCACAGGCGGGGGCUCCCUCCUACCGCCAACUGCAGGAGCCGAAAGGUGCCCCUCCCACGCCGGCUUCCAGGAAGCAGGUGGGGGUGGGGCGGCCGGGGGGGGGGGGCAGUCCCGUCCCUCCCCAGGCACGCCGAGCCUGCAGUCUGGGAGUCGCGGUGGGCGCCGGGCCCGCCCGCUGCGGUCGGGGCCGGACAGACGGGCUCGGGGCCGGGCCGGGACGGAGCCGGGCCCGGUGCCUAAUCACCGCUUAUGAAAAGGUGGCUUUGAGCGCAGGGCUCGCCGCCCCUUCCUGCCCCUGCCCAUCCCUGCACCGCGGGCCCCCCACCCGCCGCGGGGGCUUCCGCAGAGGCGGCCACCGGGGGUUUGCUUUGGCUCGCGCCCAAGCCCAGGAAUGUGCCUCCGGGACGCGGCGAGAUGGAUGGGUGCCCUGGUGGCUGCUCGUCACUGUCCUCGGGGGAGCUGCCUUCCUGCUGGCCUCCUGCCUGCUCUGCGCGGUCUGCUGCUGGCGCCGGCGGCGGCGAAGGAAGAAGGGUGUGAAGAAGGAGACGGUGGGCCUGGCCACGGCCUCCAGCGCCACCAGCGCCCACCUGGUGCAGCCCGAGCUGGACGACGUGGCGCUGGGGCUGGAGGAGCCCAGGAGGGGGCGGCUGCAGGUCUCCCUAGAAUACAACUUCCGGAGCCAGGAGCUGAGGGUCGGCCUGAAGCAGGCGGCCGAUCUGAGGGCCCUGCAGGCCACGGGCCUGGCCGACCCCUACGCCAGGAUCUACCUGAGGUCGGACCCCCGGAGGGUCCACGAGACCAAGGUGCACCGGCAGACCCUGGGCCCCGUCUUCAACGAGAGCUGCGUCUUCCAGGUACCCCAGGCGGAGCUCCCCGAGGCCCUGCUGGUGAUCCAGGUCCUGGAUUUCCACCGCUUCUCCUGCCAGCCGCCCCUCGGGGAGCUGCUGAUCCCCCUGGGCACGAGCGACCUUCAGCACGUCCUGGAGCAGUGGUAUGAGCUGGGGCCGCCCGGCGGGGCCCAGCAGGAGCAGACGGGGGAGCUUUGCUUCUCCCUCCGCUACGUGCCCAGCACCGGGAGGCUGACGGUGGUGAUCCUGGAGGCUCGAGGCCUGCGGCAGGGGCUGUCAGAUUCCUAUGUGAAGGUUCAGCUCCUCCUGAACGGGAAGAAAUGGAAGAAGAAGAAAACCGGGGUGAAAAGCAGCUUGGGCAGCCCCUACUUUAACGAAGCCUUCGCCUUCCCCGUGCCCUUCAGCCAGAUCCAGAACGUGGACCUGCUGGUGUCCGUGUGGGGCCGCGGCCGCGCGUCCAGGGCCCGGCCCCUGGGGAAGCUCCUGCUGGGCGGCCGGGCCGCGGGGCAGCAGCUGCACCACUGGUCGGACAUGCUGGCCCAGGCCCGGCGGCCCGUGGCCCAGUGGCACAGACUGCGGCCCCCCGAGGAGGUGGACCAGGCCCUGACGCUGAAAAGGGGCCCCUAGGAGGAGGGGCCCCCACGGAGACCCUCCCCCAAUAAACAGGCAGUGCUGACCGCG